AACUGACAUUAUAGCAAAAUAGGUCGCCAAGAAUGGACAUCUACAGAUUUGGUAUCGUGGACUAUACGGUGUUUCUGGCUAUGACCAUAUUAUCCAUAGCCACAGGAUUAUAUUACGGAUGGAUAAAGAAGACCAAAAAGAAUGUAGAGCCUAAUCCACCAAAUGUUAAUACAACUGAAAGAUCCACUCCAAAUUUGGGAUCAGAAAAGAUGGACGAGUACCUCAUGGGAUCGCGCAAUUUGAAAGUUUUUCCUAUUGCAAUGAGUUUGAUAGCCAGUUAUAUAUCGGGAGUUGCAAUACUGGGAACACCUUCGGAAAUGUACUAUUACGGCACGCAAUAUAGUCUUAUUGUGGUGGCCAUCGUAUUCCAAGGACUAGCCGUCUCUUAUGUUUAUUUGCCUGUGUAUUCGGUUCUACAAGUAACCUCUUCGUAUGAGUAUUUGGAAAAACGAUUUCACUCGGUUAUUAGAAGCAUAACAUCCAUAAUGUUUGUUGUCGAAGUGCUACUAUAUAUGCCCUUUUUAGUAUUCGUUCCGGCCUUAGCACUGAAUCAGGUUUCUGGCAUUAAUAUUUAUUUGAUAGAAGUGUUGAUCAUUGUGGUGUGCGUUAUAUAUACUUUAUUGGGCGGUCUCAAGGCUGUGGUGCAUACAGAUAUCUGGCAAGUGGCUAUAAUGUUUCUAUCUGUUGUGGUUGUUGCUAUAUUAGCAACAUUUUAUAUCACCGACUUAGAUGACCUAUUAAAUAAAUUAGAGGAAGGAGGACGGCUUACAUUUGGAAACAUUGAUCCUUCACCUUAUGUCCGUAACACCGUAUGGAGCGUUAUAAUCGGCAACACAUUCUACUGGACUUCAGUUAAUGCUGUGAAUCAAUCGGUGGUCCAUAGAUAUAUGUCUUUGCCUUCUUUAAAAAUGGCCCGAAUCUCAAUCGCCAUCUUUGUUAUUGGAUCUAUAAUAUUUUAUUCUCUUCUCUGCUUUUUGGGAUUGCUUAUCUAUCAUACGUACAAGGAUUGCGAUCCAAUAAGCGCAGGUCAGAUCAUGAAUAGCGAUCAGUUGGUUCCCCUGUUCGUAGUUCAGAGUGUUGGCCAUAUCUACGGAAUCCCAGGACUUUUUAUUGCUGGCAUUUUUGGAGCUGGCUUGAGUUCCCUUUCGAUUUCCUUUAACUCAACAUCUUUGGUGAUUCUACAGGAUAUAAUCCGUGGUUGUUUUAAAAUGAAUCCAAGCGAAAAGGCAUCUGCAAUUUUUGUUAAAUCUACUAUCAUCAUUAUGGGCAUUAUAGCCUUUGCUUUAUUAUUUAUAGUAGAUAAAGUUAGUGGCAUAUUAGGUAUCUGCACGUCUGUAGUUUCUAUUGCAACUAGUUCCACUUUUGGAAUCUUUACCCUGGGAAUGCUAGUACCCUGGGCAAAUACAGUGGGAACAGCAGUGGGAGGAAUCACCGGAUUUCUCCUGGUCGGAUGGAUAACUUUUGGAACACAAAUCGCCUCGGCAUCCGGACUACUAAAUCCCCAGAAACUUCCGGUUUCCGUUGAAGGUUGCACGGGUAAUCUUACUCUCCCAGAAAGUGUUUGGAUAGACGAAGAGCAAGUAUUUCCACUCUACCGUCUUUCAUUCCUUUGGAUAAACCCCAUUGGUGUGCUUACCGUCAUCGUUGUGGGUUCUCUGGUCUCUCUAUUGACCAAACCGACAGAUAUCAAGACUCUGGAUUCGCAAUUAAUAUCUCCACUGAUUCACAGAUUUCUUCCACAAGAGUGCUUCAAGUCCAAAAAUUUUGAAAAGAAGGCAGGUCAAGAUAUAUAAAUAAAUAUAUAUAUAAAUAAAUA